AUUUUGCUAUGAGGGAGGACCAGGCAGCAUACGAGUUGAAAUAGUCGCAAAUUGAACGUCGAUCGUGAAGCUUGUGUGGACUUCUCAGCGGGAAAAAUAGAAUCUUGAGAAAUACUUACGCCGCGCCAAGAAUCUGCAAGAUAAAUCUUUUCGCUUCUGUGCGUGGCUAUAAAUAAACUACAUGCUCGUCAAAAGGGGGACAAAAACAAACUUCGAGUGAAACUUGCGCUCGCGAGCCAAGUGCAAAACGAAGGGUCAGAGCCCAAAAAUAAAGAAAAAUAUGGAAUGGAAAAUGUGAAAAAUACAAAAGUGAAAUUGCCCGUAUCGUAUCGUGGGGACAUAAAAAAGCGGAAGUUUCUUUAUGCAACCAAAUUUUGUUUACAAGACAAAUAUAGCGUUACCAUUUUAAGUAAUAUAUAUAUAUAUGUCCUUAUGUACUUAAUAUCAAAAAUUUAAAAACAUUGCCAAAUGCUCGAUCAAAGCAUUUGUGAAAACUCAAACAGAUCAAAGUGCUCGGCAUAAAAUAACAAGCAAAUCAAGCGGCAAAUUCGUUGCGCAAAUUGCUGAGAAAGAACAGGGCUGUGUCGUAAGCAUGCUAAAUAUUUCAAGCAAGUCUACUAAAACUAAACAGAGAGCUGAAAAAAUACUGAGUAAAACUAUGCAGGACUGAGAAAAAUCCGUGUACGUAAAGUACAAGAAAAUGUGAGAGAUUUGGGCGCAGCAUAAAACGCAAUUAACAACAAAGCAAAAGCCCCACUAAAGACAAAUAUAAAAGACAAACGUAAUGUGAAAGCUGGUGCUCAACGCAAAUUAUAAUUAAAAUUGAAAAUUCGAAAAUACUACCGAACUACUUACGUGGUGAGCAGCACAUAACCAAGAGCCGAGGGAGACACGACAACAUAACAGCAGGCGCCAUGAAGUUUCGCUUGGAAACAUUUUGGUUAUUUCUGCUGACAGUUGGCGGCAAUCACAAGCAAUUAAGCAGUGAUUGUUGCAACCGCCCAGGCCUCUUGGGUAUACCAGCAGCUGCAGCUACCACUGACACAGCGACAACCAGGCAAAUAUCAAUCGGGUUGCCGGACAGCGACGCAGAGGCACACAACGGAAAUGAGCUGGAAAAUGCAUGGAAAAUGUGGGAGACCGCAAGGCAAACGGCGGCCGAGUCGCCACCGGUUAUUGGGGACAUAACUACAACGGUAAGCAGCGCAGCCUGGACAAGAGCACAACCGGAUGCUAAAUCAAUUGCCCAACAAGUGUUCAAGCAGGCCAGGGCCUCGGUGCAAAGCUUAGAGCUAAACCUAAAGAGGAGAGUCGCCAUGCUUUUCGAAAGCGAAGACAGCGAGGCUGAGCCAACCACAACCACAAUCGUAGCAGAGAACGAUUCCGGCAGCACACAUCAUCCGGAGCGACGGCAUUUAGUGCCCGAUAAGCUGCAGUACACCAAGGAGUUGCAAAUCAAGCAGGGUCGCCUGAUGGGAAUCACACGUCGCUUUCAAGUGACUAGCGGACUGCGUGCGGUGGAUCAAUAUCUGGGAUUGCCCUAUGCCGAGGCGCCCACAGGCAGUCGACGUUUCAUGCCACCAGGUGCCCCCCUACCCUGGCAGGGACUGAAGAUUGCGCGUCAUUUGCCGCCAGUGUGUCCACAGAAGCUACCGGACGUAUCCCCGAACAGUGGUGUGAAUAUGUCACGUGGUCGUUACAAGCAUUUGCUGCGAUUGCUGCCGUACCUGAGGACGGAAAGUGAAGACUGUUUGUAUUUGAACUUGUAUGUGCCGCACGAGGAGCCACAGACGGCGGGAAAACAACAGCUGGCCGUGCUAGUUUAUUUGCACGGCGAGUCCUUUGAAUGGAAUAGCGGCAAUGCCUAUGACGGCUCUGUACUCGCCAGUUAUGGCGACGUUAUUAUUGCCACUGUCAACUACAGAUUAGGAGUACUGGGCUUCAUGCGACCAAGUAUAGAUGCACACAAUCUGGCUAAUUAUGCUCUGUUAGAUCAAAUCGCAGCGCUCCACUGGAUCAAGGAGAACAUUGCAUCCUUCGGCGGCGACAGCUCGCGUGUCACAUUGAUGGGCCACAGUACGGGCGCCGCUUGCGUCAAUUAUCUAAUGGUAUCGCCUGUGUCUUCAGGUCUCUUCCAUCGCGCCAUACUCAUGUCCGGCUCGGCCAUGUCAGAUUGGGCCGCCAGCAACCAGUCUCUGCAAUUGACCAUGCAAAUCGCACACGCACUCAAUUGUCCUGUCAGCGAGCAUGAGGAGGAUGACACUUUGCUGGAUUGCUUGCGACAGCAUCGCUACAAGGAUAUCGUGCACAUACCAACCUCGUUUCAACAAUUUUCAACAUCAUUGGGCCCAAUUGUCGAUGGACACGUAAUACCAAAUCAACCGUACAAGGUCAUGGGGCAUUAUACGGAGUAUUUCAGCCGUUAUGAUUUAUUAUUCGGCAUCACGGAGUCAGAGUCCUAUCAUACAUUGGCUGCAUUAGCACUCGAGGAAGGAUUACGUGAAAAUGAACGUGAUAAUUUACUGCGUUUCUAUAUGCAGAGUCGCUUUGAUGUGCGUCCCGAUUUGGCAUUGGCUGCCACACUAAGAAAAUACCAGGACAUGUACAACAAUCCGAUUAAGGCCACGAAUUUUGAGCAUCGUGACGUUGUGCUGGACAUACUCUCCGAUGCGCGUGUGGUCGGUCCACUACUGCAGACUGGCAUGUUCCACGCCGAUGUGAACCGGCGCAAUUAUAUGUACGUUUUCGGCCAUAAUAGCGCGACAGGGCCAUAUGCAAAUCUACCACACAGCAUAAUGGGUGAAGAGUUGGCGUUCGUAUUCGGUGCGCCGCUGGCGCCGGCCGGCCCUUUUCCCAGCCACAACUACUCCGUGCAGGAAAAGCUGCUUUCCGAGGCGGUAAUGGCAUAUUGGACGAACUUCGUAAAGACUGGCAAUCCAAAGGCUCCUUGGAAAGGUUCAUUUCUUAACUCGCAUGUGCUCGAAUGGGAUCGAUAUGAUUUGGAUUGGCCAGAGUUUAACAAACGUACGCAAGCCUAUCUAAAUAUUGGCAUACCACCAACAGUGGGGUACAAGUACAGACACAUCUACAUGAAUUUCUGGAACAAAGAGCUGCCGGACGAGCUGAAUCAGAUUGCGGCUAUACAGGAGCAGGGGCAACAACAGAUGCGUGGCACAUCGACAUCGCACAUGGCCGGAAACGAGGUGAUUACGGGUCAUAUGAGCAAAUUCGGGGCUCGCGACAAUGUCGCCGAGGAUCCGGUGCGUACGCUCAAAUUGCUGCUACAGGAUCCGCUGGCAACAGCCGGCGAACAGACAGACACAGCCGCCGAGAACAUGUACAAUGCCCCGCCCACUUUUGGACAUGUCCAUAGACAGCAAGGCAUUGGCACGGUCACGGCCGCGGGCACUGGCUCUGUGGCAGGCAGUGGGACUGGCGACGAGGUAACAGCAUUUGCCACCAUUCAAAGCACAGAUUAUGGUGAAUUUGGAGCAUCAGCAGCUCCCAGCUUGCCCUCGGAGCCGAUUGCAAAAUCAGAGACGACGCUGCAGCUACUCAUAGCGCUGAUUGCCAUCUUCAUUGUGCUUAACGUGGUCAUCUAUGCUACCUUUCUGUUUCGCCAGCGUCGCAAGCGUGCCAGCUCUCUGCAACGCAAGCUGGGUGGCAACAUACUCAGCUACGACGGCGCCAACGAUGAUGAGCUUAAGCGCUGCAGCAAGUCACGCGACGGCGACGACAGCUACGUACUGGACGUGGUGCGUAAGUCCAACACCUACGAGGCCAUCAAAACCAGCCAGCGGUCCCCUAUUAACGGCUACGCCAUACACCGCCAGCUCAGCAGCUCCACAGUGGACACGCACACUAAGGUGUGCGAGUGGAUGUCCGCUCAGCAUCAUGGCCACACGCUGCCAAAGUCCGGCAGCUUUGCCACGCCCAAUGCGCCUUCGCCGCCAAGCGCACUGCAUACUGAUGGGCGCAUCAUCAUCUGCCAAGACAUUGAGGUGACCGAUGCCAACCUCCUGACGCCACAACACAUGCACGACCCCCACGAAACGCUGCACUACGAGCUGCUGCUGCAGCGCCAGCACUCGGCGCUGACCGAGCCCAGUGAGGCGACGCUUUUGCCUCUGAUGGACAGACACUCCCACACGCACUCGCACUCGGAUCCAGUGGAUAUGAUUCUAGCGGCGGAUGAGCAAGUGACAAGCUUUGUGCACGCGGACGACGUUGACAUCAAUGUGACCAGUCGCGAUGAAACUUCGCUCAUCCUGCAACCACUGAGCGCCGCUGAGCAGCUGGAACUGUUAAGGCAGCGCAACUAUCCAAAGGUGUUGCCAACAGCACAAGAUUUGCGAGCAGGGAACAGCUACAAGCGCAACUCGCUGCCGCCGCAGAACUUUGCGGCACCGUUGCCACCGCCGCGCACCAUGAGCAACACGCUCGGCAGGCCUCGGCGAGAUAGCAGCAACAUUACCACAUCGCCUCUAAUGCUGGCGCAGGAUUGCGGCGAGGACGAGACGCGUGAACCGCAAAUUACACAAAAUACGCUCAUUGUGGGCCCUAUUGUGCCCAAAUCUCCAGCGGCUUCGCUUAAGCGCAGCAAACAAUUAAAGCCGCAAUUAAUAAACGAGCCAACUUUUGCUGCCGCCAUUGGCUCUGCUUCAGCCUGCGCUACUUUAAGCGGCUCAUUUCAAUCGUUUGAAUCCGUGCCACCGGCUCAUGAGGCGACGCCGCCUCAAGGUGAACGCACCGAGUGCGUCUAUGCAAUUGAGGCAAGUGCCAGUGCCACAUCGCUUCCCAGCUCCCCCGCCAGCUGGUCGGCGCCCAAUGGCGACUUGUAUGCGCAACCGGCAAAGUCGCCCUCAAGAAACUCACUCAUACCGCGCCUGCUGCAGACGGCGUCGACACCAUCCGAGACGCAACGCGUUGGACAGCAGUUGUCAAAUUCAGCAGCAGCAGCAACGACUACAACACCGACAUCUACACAAAGCCGCAUACCGCAGUUGCAGCGACAGUCCUCUGGCAAGGAUGUUCAACUUUCAGCAGCAGCAGCAGCAGCAACAACAACAACAACAGCAACAGGAACAGCCACAAGUGAGCGAAUUGAGUCGACAAUCUCGAACGAUUCGUCGGCAUCGGGUGCCUCCUGGUGCUCCACGGAGUCAUCGUCGUCCUCCUCGACAGGCACUGUUCGCACGGAACUGCAGCAAUGUCAACAGCUCGGCAAAAGUAUUACGACAAAUAUAUGAAGGGUAGUCGUGGCACUUGCGGCAGGCACUGCUGCAAUUGAAUUUAACAUCCUCGGAGAGUUAUCUGCCAAAUUCUGGCCCAUGUCUCAGAUAUUUGGCACGUCGCCUUUCUCCAAUUCUUUUUGGGCUAGCGUCAAUUUAAUAAUACACAUCGGUCCACGGUUUGUAUUUGUUAUUUCUUAGCUGCUGUGGUCGCUUUGACAACUCAGACGCAGACUUCAAUUAAAACGCGACAAUUUAUUGUUAAUAGGAAAUUCGAUAAAGUGCAGCAACAUAACUAAUUAAGCAGAGUAAUGCUAAAUACAAUUGUACAGUAUUAUGCGAGGUGUAGGAGCAGUUGUAAAUUCUUUAAUUAAUAGACUAAUUUGUUAAGGCUAUGUAAUUAAUAUACUUUUGCAACUAACUUAUAAGUAAAGCGAAUGUUAAUAUACGAGCUGAGCAGUUUUAUUGAAGUUUAUCCACAGCCUCAAUUCUUCUUUCGCUCACAAUAAGCAUAACAAUGCCGAAUUUCGCAAGUGAAACUUGUUUAACUAUUGUGUCAGCAAUUUCCCCAACUUACUUGAGGACAGUAGACAAAAGUAUUUGUCGAUACACAAAUGCAGAUGCUAAAGUCAAAACCAAUUUUGCGGUGCUACCAACUUAAUUUGCAACAAGACAGCUUCAAAUGUAUUACGUAUACGUAAUACGUAUGAGCAAUAAGCCAACGUGAAAUACACUCUAUGAAUUCACAUUUUAGCAAUAAUUUCAAAGCUGAGUGCCAUUUAAGAUAAAAGUUCGAGUACAAGCUGUCUAUCUCUAUGCCAUACAAGCUGAUUGCAUAAAUCAGCAAUAGACUCGAAAUCAAAGUAUUAAAUCCGUCGCAAAUAAUGCAACAUUUGUGAAACAAAAUUUGUCAAAUAUUUUGGCUUUUGGUGUGCAGUUGUCGGAGAUGUGACCGCAGGGAGGUUACAUCCAAACUUGUCACCACAAAAUAGUUGCAUGUCAUAUACUGUUGAAAUUUGAAUUUAGUGCCAGUGCUUCGGGAAAGUUUAGCUUAGCAUUUAUGCCUUUGACUCUGUGUGUUGUAGCUGAAGCGUUCCUUGGUUUUCCAAGCGGAUUGAGUUAUUGUGUGCAGCUAUUUGAGUUUUUUUCUUGGUUCUAUAUGCAAAUUGCUGUCAUGCUGUUUGGAGUUUUAUAUUUGCUGCCACGCUGAUUGCUCUGGGCGCAAAAAGUGUAAAAGUUUUGAAGCGCAAGACGUGCGCUAAGAUUACAAUUCUUGCCAUGAAACGAAACAAACGAAAACAUUUUCACUACGCCAACAAAGUUGUAAUUAAAUUCCGUCUCCAAUUCAAUUGGCCAGAAGUAAGGUAUCUGCAAAGUCCUUUUCCGCACAUUUUGUGCACGUUUUGCAUAAAUAUAAUUAUUUGUUUGCGGUAAUUUUGCUGUGCGUACUUAACAGUCAUAAUAAAGCAAUGAAUCGCCGCACUUCAUUAAAAAGGUUUCACUGUAGACGCAACUAAUUGGGGUAUACGAACAAUUCAAGUCCAGUCCGCAUAAAUUACCACCGAGACCAUCGGCGCUCCUGCGGUUGUCGGCUUCAUUGACAUUUAUUUGCACUUCAAAGGAGUGCACAUAUCCAUGUGUUAAGUCAUCACGUAGCUGUCCAUAUGCCAUAUGCUUUGAUCCACUCAUAACAUAUCUCCAUCUGUUUCUCUUUCUCCUUUUGUUUCAGUACCUGCAUCUGCAUCAUACUAUGAUACAUUGUUGCCUCGAGCUCAGCACUCAAUUAAAACGAGUAUUUCUUUCACUGUUUUCGACAUUCUUGCCACUUGGGUAUUUGCCUUUGUGUUGCUUUUUUUCUGCUGCAUGAGGUUAGCAAGUUCAAAGUGUUUGAUAUGUUCGGUUAAUUGAAUAGGUUCUGACACAAGCUUUGUGGCCAAAGCAAACAAGUUAUGAAAUUCCAGUCCAAAUAUUUUUUUAAGAAACAAUGUAGAGUACUACACAAAUGGUUAGAUUUAAAUUUUAUUACUUUCACAGAAAUUAGAUUCGAUUAUUUGAGGAGAAGCAAACCAAGCGAAUAAUAAAAGCUGUAAAUGUCAUUAAACAACAUUUUGUACAGAGUUGGCUGUAACCACAAAUUAGUAGCUCAAGUAACUAGGCAUCCAAUUUGAAAAUGUUAAACAAAGCGUUUGUUUCUGCUCAGCUCAUAUAUCGAAUUAUGUGGUAGGUUGUUGGAGAAAAGUUGAAUAAUUGUUUUGCAGUUUUGCUGACAUUGUGGUUAACCCAUAAAAGCAAUACAUUUUUUAGAGCUUCAAAGCAAACAUUUUAUUCUUAAUCGCAUUAGGUUAUAUUAUAUAUUUAAUGGCAGAAGUAUGGCAUAUUUGC